UCCUUUUAGCUGGGUGGUAAAUGAGCUGCAGUAGAGCGCCAGGUCGAUUAUUUCAGCACAGGUAGCUAGCUACACUCUGAUGAAAUCAUCACGUUUGGGCUCCAGGUGGAUUUUAGAUGCGAAACCGGCGCACCGGCGCACACACGGCUCACACUCGCACCCGCGCCACCGAACCCCGUCGGGCUCUUCCCCGCUGCUCUCUCCGCUGCUCUCCGAAUGAGCUCCAGUCCGCUUUCCAACGGCAAGCAGAUGUCGGACAACCAGAGCUGGAACUCGUCAGGCUCUGAGGAGGACCUGGAGACGGAUCCCGGACUUCACGGCGGCGGCGUGGCGGAAUUCAGCGGCGUGCUGAGCAAGUGGACGAACUACAUCCACGGCUGGCAGGAUCGCUGGGUCGUGCUGAAGAACAACACUCUGAGUUAUUACAAGUCUCAGGAUGAGAGGGAGUACGGCUGCAGGGGCUCGCUGUGCCUCAGCAAGGCCGUCAUCACGCCCCAUGAGUUUGACGAGUGCAGGUUGGAUAUCAGUGUUAAUGACAGCGUGUGGUACCUGAGGGCUCUGGACCCUGAGCACCGUCACCAGUGGAUCGACUCCAUCGAGCAGCACAGGGCCGAGUCCGGUUAUGGCUCUGAAUCCAGUUUAAGGAGACAUGGCUCCAUGCUCUCUCUCACCUCAGCUACCAGCGGCUACUCCGCCACCUCCACCUCCUCUUUUAAGAAGGGCCACAGUCUCCGAGAGAAGUUGGCCGAGAUGGAGACGUUCAGAGACAUCCUGUGCAGACAGGUGGACACGCUACAGAAAUAUUUCGAUGCCUGCGCAGACGCCGUGUCCAAAGACGAGCUGCAGAGGGAUAAGAUUGUGGAGGAUGAUGAAGACGACUUCCCUACCACUCGCACUGAUGGCGAAUUCCUGCACAACCACAACGGCAGCAGAGAGAAGCUGUUCCAGUCUCUGAGCACUAAGGGCCUCAAUGGGAUUGAUUUUAAAGGUGAGGCCAUCACGUUUAAAGCCACUACAGCGGGGAUCCUGGCCACGCUCUCGCACUGCAUUGACCUGAUGGUGAAGAGAGAGGACAGCUGGCAGAGGAGACUGGAUAAGGAGACGGAGAAAAGGAGGAGAGUGGAGGAGGCCUAUAAAACAGCAUUGUCCGAGCUGAAGAAGAAAUCUCAUUUCGGAGGCCCGGACUACGAGGAGGGCCCGAACAGCCUCAUAAACGAGGAUGAGUUCUUCGAUGCUGUGGAAGCCGCACUGGACAGACAAGACAAAAUAGAGGAACAGACUCAGACGGAAAAGUCUCGGAUACAGAGGCCAAGCCCGAUGCCUUCCGGAGACAUCUAUUCCACGAUAGGCACCCACCGAUUUGCCGAGAAGCCCCCCACUCCGCCCUCCUCCCCUCUAUCCUGUGACGUAGUGCUCAGUCCCGCUCGUCAUCAUGAGCACAGGUUCAGUGCUGAGGUGGAGGAGAUGGUACAGAAUCACAUGACCUACUCCCUGCAGGAUGUGGGCGGAGAUGCGAACUGGCAGCUGGUGGUCGAGGAAGGAGAGAUGAAGGUGUACAGGAGAGAGGUUGAGGAGAACGGCAUCGUGUUGGACCCUCUGAAAGCCACACAUGCAGUCAAAGGGGUUACAGGUCACGAGGUGUGCCAUUACUUCUGGGAUACAGAAGUCCGCAAUGACUGGGAAACUACCGUUGAAAACUUCAACAUAGUGGAGUCGUUGUCAGAUAACGCCAUAAUUAUCUACCAGACCCACAAGAGGGUGUGGCCUGCAUCACAGAGAGACGUGCUGUAUUUGUCAGCGAUCCGUAAAAUCAUGGCCAGCAACGAGAACGACCCCGACACGUGGAUUGUGUGCAACUUCUCUGUUGAUCACGACAACGCCCAGCCGAGCAGCAGGUGUGUCCGUGCCAAAAUCAACAUCGCUAUGAUCUGCCAGACGCUGGUCAGUCCACCGGAAGGCAACAAAGAGAUCAGCAGAGACAACAUUCUGUGUAAAAUCACAUACGUGGCCAAUGUAAACCCCGGUGGCUGGGCCCCUGCGUCUGUCCUGAGAGCCGUAGCCAAGCGAGAAUACCCCAAAUUCCUGAAGCGUUUCACCUCCUACGUGCAGGAGAAAACUGCCGGCAAGCCCAUCCUCUUCUGAGAGCUCAGAUCGUCAGUGUACAGCGCCCCCUCUCUACACUCCCAGCUACUGCGGCCCCGAGGAGGUUCCUCUCACUGCAGCCCGUCCUCUUCCUCCUUCUCCUCUACCUCCUCCUCCUCCUGAAUGUUCAGACCCUCGGCUGCCACCGGAAACAACCCACAUUACCCACAAUUCCCUGCAGCGGUCCUCAGUAUAGACGCCCCGUAGGCUUUAAGCAGUCCCAAGGCUUUAACCCCUUCAGCGCUCUUGAGAGGACGCGUUGCCAAAUCUCAACAUUCGUUCUGUAUUUUCAGCAGAGAUAUAUAUUGAUAUUAAAAUAUAUGUAUGUAUGUAUGUAUGUACGUAUGUGAGAUUUAAAGAAAAGGUUUAUUUAAUGGAGCCAAAACACAGAAGAACGCCUUGUUUUAGUUUCGCUUUUUGUCUUCUUUUUCUUUCUUUUUGGACUAGAUUUUUUGCUGCACUUAACUGAUUGAUCCCAGAAUUCACUGCUUUCUUUCCCCCCCCAUGCUGCUAAUUUAAAGUAGAAAAAAAACAAACAAACAAAAAAAGAAGCUUGGGUCAGACAUUUCACCAUCCGAACGUUUGUAAAUGAACUCUGAGAGGGCUGUCAUUGACCUAUGACCUACAACAUGACCCAUGAACUUUGCCUUUUUGUCUCGAUCUCUUUGAUGAAGCCCGGAUACUGGUGCUGAAGAGGAGAUCGUUUUUCUUUCUGAUGUUUUGUUGUUUAAUCUGUCUCUGAAAAUCUGAAAUCUGUUUUUAGUUGUACUUGUGUAUGUCAGAGACACGCUGGCGUACUGUAGCACAAGUAAGAAUCAGUAGUGAUAGACAAAAGUGGGAUCUUUUUAAUACGACAAGGAAACGCUUUACAUCUCGAUUACUUGUAUAUAAUUUCUAAUUAUUGCUUCAAGUGCGUGGGAUUGCUGUCAGCCAAUGCUUUUUGCGUGAUUCAUCCGACUCCACAUGCCUUAGAGACGGGGGGGAGAUGAGUGUAUGUUUGUGUGUGUGUGUGUGCAAACAAGAAGUAUGAUGAAGUACAGACUCAACAGAUCUUGUUUGCGAGUGUGUGUCUGUGUGGUCGGGAUGAUCCGAGGUGUCCGACGUGCGUCUAAAUCAUUAGUGAAGUGCCUCAGUCUAAUCACAUGACCUGUGUGUUGCUGAUGCGAGGUUCCUCCUUUUCUAAAUAUGAUCUCAAAAACAGAGGGGAGUUUAAAAAAAAAAGUCAAGCGUCUUUCAGCGAUUACACUAUAAUGAUGUUUGAUAAUGAUCUGAUAUUUCACUUUUUUUCUUUCUGAAUUCUUAUUGAUCAAACAUUGGGCCUCAUUUAUCAGUCUUUCAGUGAAGUUGAGUGUUUUCGUAGGCCAAAUGGAACUGAAAGUUCCUACAGUUUGUUUUCCUUCUGCUAAUUUUCUGCGCAUGUUCAUGAAUGCCAAUCAGUACAUUUGUAAAUUACCAAGCACACUCACAGCACAGCUGAUUUACAUUUAGUGAGGCCAACAAAUCUCACAGAGAGCUGAAAGCAACAAAAUGGCGACUGAGCAGUGAAAGAGCGCCUCCUGAGUGUGAAAUGUGCUAAAUCUUCCGGUAAUGCAGCUCAGCCUUUGCAGAGCAUCAGCUACCACAGACACACACCAACUCUUUCUCCUUUUAAAGGGUGCCAUUACUUUUGUCCUAAUUGAACAGUGUCGUAUUUGUUAUAAUUUAAGGCUUUAUUCUGGAAUCACUUUUUUCAAGUCAUUAAUAGUAAAAAUCACAGUUGUUUCACAAAAUUGUCGUACGCACAAUUGAAAUAGCGAUUUAAACUUGACAGCGUAAUACGUACAUAAAAUUGUAACUCGCAACAAUUAUGCGAUUUGAAGCCGAUCAAUCGUUUCACAUUCAUGAGUGUCCUUGUACGUAAUUUUUCACAAAUUUAGAAGCGGAACGUAGGAUAUGAACAUUUUUCCGAACUAAAUAGAUUUUCAGGAAUACCGCUCAUCCUGUGUAAAUGCUCCUGCGAACGAUUUUACGAAUAAAUUCCUUCAUAUCCGAUAAAUGAGGCUCAUUGUUUUUUGAUUUUGAGAGGAAUGCCAGCCAUUUUUGUUUUCGUCCAACAGAAAGGCGAAAAUCACCUUAAAGGUGAAAUUGAUGGAAAUCGAUGAUUUUUGUUUAUAGCGUUCCUCUCACUGUUUCCGUGUAAAGUUUACACCGAUCUAAUGAACACCGUUAAUACGGAGAGCACUCGAGUCACGACCCCGAAGUUGAGCUCUAAAGCUUGCUCUUUAAGAGGCAGAGGACUGUUAAUGAUGGAUGUUGAGGAAAACAUUGGCCCUCUUUUUUUCGACUCAACACGUGGCUGCUCAACUCCAUUCCCCUCGGCUGUUUCGUUACUUUUUCUUUUUUUUUAAAUCCGUUCAAUCAAAUCAAUAAUGAUGUCCAAUCAACUUAUAUGAAAUACUUGUAUCUGCAUUUAAUCAACAGCAGAUUGGAGGGUUGGUGGUGCUGUGACAGGAAACAGCCUAUCAGGAGUGGAGUUUUGCACCCCAAUGAAAUGAGUGUGUGUGUGUGUGUGUGUGUGUGCGCGCGUGUGCUGAAGAAUCAGACGUCUAAUCCCAGUAUAGUUUGUUAUUUGUUGCAUUUGCACUGAAUGUAAUGUAGUUGGAAUAAAACAAAUGUUUCUGUAAAUAAAAUAGUUACACUAACAGUGUCUGAACGGAAUGAACGGGGAAAAAGAGAGAAAAUGCAGCACUUCUGUUGAGUGUUUAUACAGAAAUAAAGAGAAAGACGUCUUA